AUGGAGAAUAGUCUUGCAUGUGUUUGGGUACCAAAGCUGGCUUUUCUACUCUUCGGAUUUUCUCUGAUCAGCCUGAAUCUUCAAGUCACUGGUUCACAAGUUAAGGGUUUUACAUCAUUGCGGUUCCUGACUGAGCCUUCAGAUGCUGUCACCAUGCGCGGAAGUAAUGUGCUGCUGAAUUGCACAGUGGAGUCUGAUCAAGGAAUUCCUGUCAUCAAGUGGAAGAAAGAUGCAGUCUUCUUAAACCUGGCAGUGGAUGAAAGGAGACAGCAGAUGGCCAAUGGUUCCCUCUUGAUACAAAGUAUAGUCCAUUCCAGGCACCAUAAGCCAGAUGAGGGUCUCUACCAGUGUGAGGCCUCUUUAGAAGGCAUUGGGGCUAUCAUCAGUCGGACAGCUAAAGUCACUGUAGCAGGACCAUUGAGGUUUCUUUCCCAGACAGAAUCUGUCACAGCUUUUGCAGGAGACACAGUUUUGUUAAAGUGUGAAGUAGUUGGAGAGCCUAUGCCGAUGGUACACUGGCAAAAAAACCUGGAGGACCUGAUCCUGAGCCCCAGUGACACCCGCGUGGCUGUCUUGCCCUCUGGAGCUUUACAGAUUAGCAGAAUCCAAGCGGGAGACAGUGGGAUCUAUAGAUGCCUUGCAAAAAAUCCUGCGAGUUCCAGAACUGGAAAUGAAGCAGAAGUCAGAGUUUUGACAGAUCCAGGUUUGCACAGACAGCAAUUUUUCCUGCAGAGACCAUCAAAUGUGGUAGCCCUUGAGGGAAAAGAUGCCGUUCUUGAGUGUUGUGUUUCUGGGUUUCCCACACCCACCUUCACAUGGAUGCGAGGAGAUGAAAUUAUUCCUGUCAGAUCCAAAAAAUAUUCAUUAUUGGCUGGCAGUAACUUACUUAUUUUUAAUGUGACUGAUGACGAUUCCGGGACAUACACUUGCAUUGUCAGCUACAAGAAUGAGAACAGUAGUGCCUCUGCAGAGCUCACAGUUAUGGUUCCUCCAUGGUUUUUAAAUCACCCUUCAAACCUCUAUGCCUAUGAAAGUAUGGACAUUGAGUUUGAAUGUGCUGUCUCUGGUAAGCCUGUCCCUACCGUGGAUUGGAUCAAGAAUGGAGAAGUGGUCAUUCCUAGUGAUUAUUUUCAGAUAGUGGGUGGCAGCAACUUGCGGAUUCUGGGCCUCGUAAAGUCAGAUGAAGGUUUUUACCAGUGUGUAGCUGAAAAUGAUGCUGGAAAUGCACAGACCAGUGCACAGCUAAUCAUCCCUGAGCCAGCUAUCCCAAGUUCCAGUGUCCUCCCCUCUGCUCCCCGAGAUGUGGUCCCUGUUUUGGUCUCCAGUCGAUUUGUCCGUCUCAGCUGGCGCCCACCUGCAGAAACUAAAGGGAAUAUCCUGGCAUACACUGUCUACUUCUCCAGGGAAAGCAUCAACAGGGAACGGGCACAGAACACAACACAGUCUGAGACACUUCAGCUUACAGUGGGAAAUCUGAAACCAGAGGAGACUUACACAUUCCGAGUGGUGGCAUACAAUGAAUGGGGACCAGGAGAGAGCUCGCAAUCCAUCAAGGUUGUCACGCAGCCUGAAUUGCAAGUUCCAGGGCCAGUAGAAAACCUGCGAGCUGUAUCUACCUCACCUACCUCAAUUCUUCUUUCCUGGGAACCCCCUGCCUAUGCAAAUGGUCCAGUCCAAGGUUACAGAUUGUUCUGCACAGAGACUGCUACUGGAAAAGAACAGAAUAUAGAUGUUGAUGGACUAUCAUACAAACUGGAGGGGCUGAAAAAAUUCACGGAAUACACCUUACGAUUCUUGGCUUAUAACCGCUAUGGCCCUGGGGUAUCCACUGAAGAUCUUACCGUCAUGACGCUUUCUGAUGUACCAAGUGCAAUGCCUCAGAAUGUCUCCUUGGAAGUGGUUAAUUCAAGGAGCAUCAAAGUUAGUUGGCUACCUCCACCAUCAGGCACACAAAAUGGAUUUAUUACCGGCUAUAAAAUCCGACACAGAAAGACUACCCGCAGGGGUGAGAUAGAAACACUGGAGCCAAACAACCUCUGGUACUUAUUCACAGGUCUUGAUAAAGGAAGCCAGUACAGUUUCCAGGUAGCUGCGAUGACAGUCAAUGGAACAGGACCCUCCUCAGAUUGGUAUACAGCAGAAACUCCAGAGAAUGAUCUUGAUGAAUCUCAGGUUCCUGAUCAGCCAAGCUCUCUUCAUGUCAGGCCAUUGACAACCAGUAUCGUCAUGAGUUGGACUCCACCACUGAAUCCAAACAUUGUUGUACGCGGAUACAUCAUUGGCUAUGGAGUGGGCAGCCCAUAUGCUGAGACAGUGCGAGUAGACAGCAAACAACGCUACUAUUCCAUCGAAAACUUGGAGCCAAGUUCCCAUUAUGUAAUUUCUUUAAAAGCCUUUAACAACGUGGGUGAAGGAGUCCCUCUCUAUGAAAGUGCCACCACUAGAUCGUUGACAGAUCCCAUUGAUCCAUUAGAAGUUGAUUUUUAUCCUUUGCUUGAUGAUUUCCCUACCUCAGUCCCAGAUAUCUCCACCCCCAUGCUCCCACCAGUAGGUGUCCAGGCUGUUGCACUUACCCAUGAUGCAGUGAGAGUCAGCUGGGCAGACAACUCUGUCCCAAAGAAUCAAAAGACUACUGAGGUUCGCUUUUACACUGUCCGUUGGAGAACCAGCUAUUCUACAAGUGCUAAAUACAAGUCAGCAGAUACAACAGCUUUGAGCCAUAGUGUAAUAGGCCUUAAGCCAAACACUAUGUAUGAAUUCUCUGUCAUGGUAACAAAAGGUCGAAGGUCAAGCACGUGGAGCAUGACUGCACAUGCCACAACAUAUGAAGCAGCACCAACCUCUGCACCCAAGGAUUUGACAGUCAUUACUCGGGAAGGGAAGCCUCGAGCUGUCAUUGUCAGCUGGCAGCCUCCAUUAGAAGCCAAUGGAAAAAUUACUGCUUAUAUUCUGUUCUACACCUUGGACAAGAAUGCUCCAAUUGAUGACUGGGUUAUGGAGUCAAUCAGUGGUGACCGACUUACUCAUCAAAUCAUGGACCUCAACCUAGAUACAGUGUAUUACUUUAGAAUCCAAGCUCGCAAUGCCAAAGGAGUGGGACCGCUCUCUGACCCUAUUCUCUUCCGGACUCUGAAAGUCGAGCACCCUGACAAAAUGGCUAAUGACCAAGGUCGUCAUGGAGAUGGGGCCUAUUGGCCAGUUGACACGAACUUGAUUGACAGAAGCAGCCUUAAUGAACCUCCCAUAGGGCAGAUGCACCCUCCACAUGGCAGCGUAACGCCUCAAAAGAACAGCAACCUUCUAGUAAUCAUUGUGGUCACCGUUGGGGUCAUUACAGUGGUGGUGGUGGUGAUCGUGGCUGUGAUCUGCACCAGGCGUUCUUCAGCGCAACAGAGGAAAAAGCGUGCUACCCAUAGCGCUGGGAAAAGGAAGGGCAGCCAGAAAGACUUGAGGCCCCCAGACCUCUGGAUACACCAUGAAGAGAUGGAGAUGAAGAAUAUUGAAAAGCCAUCAGGUUCUGACCCCUCAGGAAGAGACUCGCCGAUGCAGAGCUGUCAAGACAUCACGCCAGUCAGCCACAGCCAGUCUGAAACUCAGCUGGGCAGCAAGAGUGCCUCACAGUCUGGUCCUGACACAGAGGAUGUGGGAAGUAGUAUGUCCACGUUAGAGCGCUCGCUUGCUGCCCGCAGAGCCACACGUGCCAAGCUCAUGAUUCCGAUGGAUUCACAACCAAGCAACCCUCCUGUUGUCAGUGCCAUCCCAGUGCCAACACUAGAAAGUGCCCAGUACCCAGGAAUUCUGCCAUCUCCAACAUGUGGAUAUCCGCAUCCGCAGUUCACUCUCCGGCCCGUGCCAUUCCCAACACUCUCUGUUGACCGGACCUUUGGAACAGGAAGAACGGUGAGUGAAGGACCAGUCCCACAACAGCCAUCCAUGCUGCCACAGACACAGCCUGAACAUGCCAGCAAUGAGGACGCCCCGAGCAGAACGAUUCCCACAGCCUGUGUCCGACCUACGCACCCUCUCCGCAGCUUUGCCAACCCAUUGCUACCUCCACCAAUGAGUGCAAUAGAACCGAAAGUCCCUUAUACACCACUUUUGUCUCAAACAGGGCCUAAUCUUCCCAAGGCUCAAGUUAAAACAGCAUCACUUGGAUUAGCUGGAAAAGCACGAUCCCCUCUGCUUCCAGUCUCGGUGCCAACAGCCCCAGAAGUGUCAGAAGAGGGCCACAAACAGACAGAGGAUCCAGCUAACGUAUAUGAACAGGAUGAUCUGAGUGAACAAAUGGCCAGUUUGGAGGGGCUAAUGAAGCAACUUAAUGCUAUUACAGGCUCGGCCUUCUAACAGCUGUUGAUGAAUAGAUAAAUUGUAUUAUCCAGGAACAUUGCAGCAUACAAGUACUUCAUAUACACCACACACAUACACAACCCCAUAAAACCACCCUUUCUUCAGUACCAUUCAUCCAACGUAAGGAAGAUUCUUGAUGAGUCCUAAAAAAUAAAUAACUAAAAAUACGCUACAUUACUGUAGAUCAAGCAUCUAAAGCAAUGAAAGUGUGGCCCUUGCAAAUAAGUGAAACAACGACAGCAAAGCCCGAGGUGAUGCCACUUGAUUGCUCAUUUUGAUCUGCUUGCCUUUGUAAUACUUGAGGUGUCACGACUAUCUCACAUUUUACUUAAUAGAGGUGUGUAGUUCUUGGUGAAAAUCUAGUUUU